AACUCAGAGUCUCUUUCUGUUUCAGUUUUUGUUUCAGUUGUUAUUAUUAUUUUUUUUUCUCUCUCUAAAACAGUGUGCUAGUGUGUGAGAGCCCAGUCAGUUAACAAGUCCAUUUUCUCUUUCUUUUUCUUGAAUCUCUUGGAGAUCGCAGCGAAGCCAUCGCUGCGAUCGCCGAUACGACGUCGUCGUCGAUGGUAGGAGGAGUCGGAGUCGGAGUCGGAGUGGGACCAGUCGUGGCGAUGGUUGACGAAGGAGGAUUGGGAAAGCGGUUCUGGAUCAAGGUCCGAAACGACACCGCUGCGGUUCUCUACUCGCCGUUCUUCGUUUCUUUGGCCUCCGGUCACUUGCUCCCGGAAACGUUUCGCCAUUGCAUCUCUCAGGACGUCCAUUUCCUUAGAGCCUACGCUCAAGCAUAUGAAAUGGCGGAGAAUUGUGCAGACGAUGAUGAAGACAAGAGCGCAAUACGGAGCUUGAGGAAACGCGUGCUCGAGAAGCUUAAAGCGCAUCCUACUCUUGUCCAAGAAUGGGGUUUUGAACUCCCAGAUGAGAGCAUUCCCAUCAGUGCAACAGUCAAAUACACUGAUUUCUUACUGGCAGCGGCCUCGGGGAGAAUUGAAGGAGAAAAAGUUCCUGGUAAAAUUGCAACUCCUUUUGAGAGGACAAAAAUUGCUGCUUAUACUCUUGCUGCUUUGGGACCUUGUAUGAGGCUCUAUGCCUAUAUUAGUAGUGAGAUCCAGGCUCUUCUAAAACCAGAUGAUAGCAAUCACCUGUACAAAAAAUGGAUUGACAGCUAUUCUUCUCAAAAUUUUGAGGCAUCAGCUUUGCAAACCGAAGAAAUGCUGGAUAAACUAAGCAUUUCUUUAACAGGUGAAGAGCUUGAGGUCAUAGAAAAGCUUUACCAUCAAGCUAUGAAACUUGAAGUUGAUUUUUUCAGUACUCUACCAAUUUCUCAGAAAACAGUGGUCCCUUUGGCUCGCGUGCAUGACCCUGCAGAGCAUCAUCUUACCAUAUUUUGUGACUUCGACUUAACAUGCACUGCAUUUGAUUCCUCUGCGAUAUUAGCAGAGAUGGCAAUUAUAACAGCACCAAAGGCCGAUUCAGAUGUAUCUGAAACCCAACUUGCUCGGAUGUCAUCAGCCGACUUGAGGAACUCAUGGGGUGCUCUUUCUGCCCAGUAUACUGAAGAGUUUGAACAAUGCGUAGAUAGCAUGAUGGAUAGCAAAAGAGCGGAAAAAUUCGAUUAUGAAGGUCUGCAUAAAGCCCUUGAACAAGUUGCAGAGUUUGAGAAAAGAGCAAAUACACGGGUGAUUGAGUCAGGAGUACUCAAGGGUUUAAAUCUAGAGGAUAUGAAACGGGCUGGCCAGCGUCUCAUUCUUCAAGAUGGUUGUAGAAGUUUCUUUCAAAAGAUUGUAAAAAAUGAUACCCUGAACACUGAUGUUCAUGUGCUUUCAUACUGCUGGUGUGGUGAUCUCAUUAGGUCAGCUUUUUCAUCAGGGGACUUAGAUGAGUUAAAAGUGCAUUCGAAUGAGCUUACUUAUGAAGAAUCUGUCACUACGGGUGGCAUUGAUAAGAAGGUGGAGUCUCCCAUGGAAAAGCUUCAAGGCUUCAAUGAAAUUCUAAACAACUGCAACAGCAAAGGCAAGCAGUUGACUGUCUACAUUGGAGGCGCAGUGGGUGACUUGCUUUGUAUGCUUCAAGCAGAUGUAGGCAUUGUAUUUGGUUCAAGUUCAAGCCUAAGGAAACUGGGAGAUCACUUUGGUGUUUCUUUUGUCCCGUUGUUCUCUGGUUUAGUGAAGAAGCAGAGAGAACUUGUUGAAGAUGGCUCCGGUAAUUGGAAAGGGCUCUCUGGUACUCUCUAUACAGUCUCUAGUUGGGCAGAGAUACAUGCAUUCAUUUUGGGGUCAUAAGUACCUCUCUCUUUCUCUCUUGUGUCUUCUCGUUAGAAAAACUCUCAAGUGAAAAUACAUUACACAGUAGGAUAUAUAGAGUACAAAUGGUGGCUAUUUUUAACUAAGGGCCACGGGUCAGCCCUCAUUCUUUUUUUCUUAGGGUCUGCCGCCCAGAAAUAUAUAGAAAUUUUACUAGAGUAAAAAAAUGUUAGUUAGAGUCAGAUACAGUCUAUUCUUUUGAUUGAUCUCCUGUAUUCAGCUUCAGUUUUUCUUCAAUGUUUGUCAUUUGAUAUGUGAAUUUGAAGUUUCAAACGUGUUCAUCACGAUAAAGAUUUCAGUGGCAACUUAAAUUCGAGGCAGAGAUCUAUCAAUUUGUUUGUCUAA